AUGGUUGGAGUAUAUUACAUGGGAAAGGACAGGCAUUUCAAGUAUAUCCAUAGUAUUUGGAGCUUUCCUCCUCAGUGGAAAAAAACUAGGCGAAAAGAUGAUGCCUAUAAAACUCCUUUCUUUGUGGAACCAGAAUAUCAGGAUGAGCAUUUUCACUGUUCUGUUUCAAAGCAUGCCUUUUCUGUCAAAGGCCGAAGAAGAUGCACCCAGAAAGCACCAGUGGAGAACCAAGAGAAACCGAAUAUGAUGCGGAUCCCAAAUGCCGGCACUGCUUACAGUGCCAUUAAGAUUCUGGCUCAUGCCUUAAAUUCAGCAUCCAAGUCCAAGAGGAGAAGGAAAAAGGGAGAAGAGAUGUUGGGGGCUCCAAGGCUGCACCCAUGGGAGUUUCAUCUAUUUCUAAAGAAGAAUGAAUUGUACAAUCUUUCCCUGCUGAAAGUGUACUUGGAUCAAAAUGGGGAUGUAGCAGCAGAUCUGAAGGUCAUUAGUAGGGUGGUUCUGCCCAAGAAGGAUCCCAUCAACAAGAAUUUGGGGAGUUUUGAAAGACAGAGACUUAUAAUCAACCAAGAUACUUUCUCACAGCUAAAGUUGCUGAACAAGUCCAAAUGUGUGGAUAAAUGUCAGCCUGGAUUUGUCAGGAAGGCUCGAGAAGGAGAGCCAGUUUGCUGCUACGACUGCGUUCCUUGUCCUGAGGGGACCAUCUCCACUCAGGAAGGUUGGUUCGAAAUCUGUAAGCUUCUUACUUUGACUGGAGAGAGUCAAAGAGUAGAGAAAAGGAAGGAAGCAAGCAAAGAAUUUUUUUUGCUCUGUGUUGACAAUGAUGACUUUGAGGUCAGUGUGGCUCAACUGCAUGCACUNGAAAAUUGUCAUCCUGGAUUUGUCAAGAAGGCUCAAAAAGGAGAGCCAGUUUGCUGCUAUGACUGCAUUCCUUGUCCAGAGGGGACUAUCUCUACUCAGGAAGAUACAGAGAAAUGCACUAAGUGUCCAGAUGAUAAAUAUCCAAAUGAGAAUUGGAUCCAAUGUAUCUCCAAAAGAAUAAUCUUCCUGUCUUAUGAAGAACAUCUGGGUAUCAUCCUCAUAUCCUUUGUCUUACUCUUGUUCCUAACCACAGGCCUUGUCCUAAUUAUUUUCAUUAAAUACCGAGAAACUCCCAUUGUCAAAGCGAACAACCAAGAUCUCUCUUAUAUCUUCCUGGUCUCCCUCCUGCUUUGCUUCUUGUCUCCCCUUCUCUUCAUUGGUCAACCACGGAAAGCCACCUGCCUUCUCCGACAAACAGUUUUCAGCAUCAUCUUCUCAGUUGCCAUUUCUUCUCUCUUGGCUAAGACAAUCACAGUGGUGCUGGCUUUCUUAGCCACAAAACCAGGCAACCGAGUGAAGAGAUGGUUGGGGAAGAGCUUGGCCAACUCCAUCAUCCUUUCUUGUUCUAGUGUCCAAAUUCUCAUCUGCUCCAUCUGGCUAAGAAUUUCUCCCCCAUUUCCUGACUCUGACUUCCGCUCCCAGACUAAAGUAAUCAUUCAGCAAUGCAAUGAAGGCUCUGUUGUCAUGUUCUACAUCACCCUUAGCUACAUGGGCUUCUUGGCUGCCAUCUGCUUCACAGUAGCAUUCCUGGCCAGGAAUCUCCCUGGGGCCUUCAAUGAAGCCAAGCUGAUAACCUUCAGCAUGUUGGUCUUCUGCAGUGUCUGGGUGACUUUUGUGCCCACCUAUCUGAGCACCAAGGGGAAAUACAUGGUGGCUGUUCAGGUCUUCUCCAUCUUGGCCUCCAGUGCUGGUCUCUUGGGCUGCAUCUUCAUCCCCAAAUGCUACAUUAUCAUUCUGAGGCCAGACCUGAAUACAAAGGAGCAGAGUGCCAUGAACCUGCGAGAAUACCCGUCGACGGAUGUGCCCUGCGGGAACAUAGAACCGGCCCCUAUACUUCAAAAGAUCCCCAUACAAAGUCCAUAG